AUGGCUUCAUAUAAAUGGUGGCUGCUCACUUACCAACUAUUCUCCACGGCUUUUGACUUUGUGUACACGACGCUUCUCAUGCCUGUCAUGCUCUUUCCUACCAUGAUGGCUUACGCGGACUCAUACAUAGCAAGGUGGAUAUCUUUAUCUACGGUGACCGGCCCGUGGAUACACGCAGCUGUGCUUAUCACCUGCUGUGCUCCUAGUUUCGUAGCGUUUAUAGACUUUGUGCCUGAUCAAGUACAAGCCAGAGAGAAGGUCUUACAGGAGUACUCCUGUGCAAGAGCAGUGGUUAAUGAACCUCGCCUACUAAUUUUGAGUCGGGAUCAUUUCUAUCAAACUUUCAUUAUCGGAGUCACAAUUGACUUUUUUGGAGCUAUUCUUGUGCUUUGUACGCUGUCAUUAUCAUACUACUUUCUCAGACAAACAAAUCACAUGUCGCGAAAAACACGACUUAUGCAAAGACGAUACCUGUUUUUACUCUGCAUCCAGGUUUCAGUUCCCGCUGUCACACUUGGUACACCCAUCGGCGGAUUUCUCAUAAUAUGGUUUGCGAUGUCAGUUCCCAUUGGACAAGAGAAUGAGAUAGAUGCUUUCUCCUUGAGCCAUCUUCUUGUUGGUUUCGAACUGAAUUACGUGCAUUAUCACGCAGAGGGCAUUAUCAGUGUUUGUCAGCGGAUUAAGCUGGAGUAG